AUGAGUAAAUUUGACGAAGCGUCUCGUUUGUCUUAUGAAGUUAAUAUUGAAAAAGAUUUUAAAAGCGAAGAUCAUCAUUAUCUUCCUGUUGAUUUUGAGAAUUCACCUGAGCUGUUACUAUCUGAUAAAAAUUGUGAGAAGACUAGAAAUAUUUCUGAUGGGUUUUGCCCAAUAUGUUAUUCACCAAACAUAGCAGGCCCUGAUAUUUCAAUUGCUUUUUUCUUUCUGAAAGGAGAAAAAAAAGAAGCUUAUAUUCUAAAUACUCAGGUCAAGUUAAAAAAUAAUGUUGAGCUAAAGAAGGCAUGUAAAACUGUUGAUCUGAAUACAAUGUUUACAGACAAAAACUCAAACCUCAAUCCUUUUCAGUUUUAUAAUGAAUUGCAUGAAAUCUAUUAA